CCCCAGGGAUGUUUCCCAGCCCGUUCUUCCCCAGAUCCAAUGAGUAAAAUCAGGGGCCUCCCUCCAGAGGUCAGGGUCCCAGGCCCUGGAGUGGAACUUGGGGUGGAAGAUGGCCUUCUUUGUCAACUGAUUCAUUCUCCAGAAUUCAACUUGUUUCCCAACUCGACAGUGUUCGAAAGCAACUUUAUCCAGGUACCCUUUCUUUCCCUUUCUAAAACCUGUUCCCAGGGGUUGGUCCAAAAAUGCUGUGGCCUUUUAAAGCCCCGGGGAGGAGAAAGAAGCCAUUCUGGCUGGUGAAACCAGAGGAUUUUGGUCUCAAGGUCGCCCGUUUAUGCCUAGAGCAUCAUGGGGUUUUCCUCACUCUCCUCCCUUUCUGGAACUGUCUUCCAAUAAUCUCUCUUCCAGACCUCUAGAAACCCGUGCUGGCUUCUACCCAAGGAUGAAAGAAUAAAUUUUGUUCUUACCAGUGCAUCCCCUUAAAGUUAGAUGCAAAAACAAUUAAAAAAAUAAAUAAAGUUAGAUGAUGCAGAGGAUACAAAGAAGGGCCACGUGGCGUUGCUGGUGCCAAUGAGCUUGUCUGUGUGGGGAGAGCCACACAAAGGGGGGUGCAGGCCAUGGCCCAGCCCAGCGUGCCUCACGCAGGCGAGAAGCACAGGUGCUCUGAGCUCCUCACCAGGCUGAAGUGCUGCCUUCUAGCCCCUGUACCUUCCCCCUCUCAUCUCCUGCUUCUCUGACCCAAGAACCUGGGGCUGAUUUCUAGGUCACUAAGCCCGGGAACUGGAUGAAUGUCUAUGAAGGGUCGACCACCGUGAUCCUUGGGGUAACCUCCACCGUGCCCUCCUUGCCGCUCCCCAACAUCCUCCUGAUGGCCAACAUCACCUGGCCCCAGGGUCCGCUUUCCACCAGGGGCACCCCUGACCGCGCCCCAGUCAUCACCCUCAGCAGGAUUCUCCCCCUGAAGUUUGUGGAGCUACAAAUCUGUGACCGGCUCCAACGCAUCCUGCGCCUUAGGACAGUGACUGAAAAGCUCUACUACCUGAAGCUCCACGAGAAACACCCAGAGGCUGUGUUUCAAUUUUGGAUGCGCUUGGUGAAAAUUCUGCAGCAAGGUCUGUCCAUCACCACCAAAGACCCCAGGAUCCAGUUCACGCACUGCCUGGUGCCCAAGAUGUCCAGCAGCUCCAAUGAAGCCACAUCUGUGUGUCCUGCGGUCUGAAGAGAGUCCCG